AUGAUGAACGUUGAUGAGCAAAAAGCAACAGUAUCAAAUAGAAAAUUGAAGAACUUUCAUAAACGUAUAUUUCAUCGAUUUAUUAGUCAUUAUAUGAUUAAUAAUAAAGAUGAACAACAAAUUAAUCUUUUACAUGAACAUAAUCAACAAAAAGAAGCACCUAUUCGAAAUGAAGAUUUUGAAGUUACUGGUUUUGUGUUUGAUCCACAAAACUAUUUAUAUCAUUAUUGGCUUGCAAUUAUAUCAUUUGCUGUUGCCUAUAAUCUUUUAUUGAUACCAGCACGAUAUGCAUUUAAUGAAUUGAAUAAUAAUUUAAGAAUUUUUUGGUUGUUAUUAGAUUAUACUUUUGAUAUAAUCUAUUUAAUUGAUAUUUUUAUGCAAUCGAGAACAGGUUAUUUUAGUCAUGGUCUUUUUGUACGUAAUCAUUACGUUUUAUCUCGUAAUUAUUUUACAUCACGUCAAUUUUAUUUACGUGAUCUUUUAUCUAUUAUUCCAACAGAUUUUUUAUAUUUAAUUCCAUAUUUUCGUUUUAUUUCUAUAAUACGUUGUAAUCGAUUAUUACGUAUUAAUCGUCUAUUUGAAUUUCAAGAAUUAACAGAAUCACGUACAAGAUUUCCUAAUGCAUUUAGAAUUUUCUGUCUUACAUGUUUGACUCUUACACUUAUUCAUUGGAAUGCUUGUGCUUAUUUUCUUAUUUGUCAAUAUUUGGGUUUUGGUACUGAUAGAUGGGUAUUACCAGCUACAGCUAAAAAUGAAACAGUUGCAAUGCUUUAUACAUAUUGUUUUUAUUGGUCAACACUUUUAUUAAGUACUAUCGGUGAUGUUCCAUUACCUGUACAAAGAACCGAAUAUGCAUUUGUAUUGUUUGAUUUUAUGAUUGGUAUACUAAUAUUUGCAACUAUUAUUGGUAGUCUUGGUACAAUGAUAUCAUCACAAAGUCAAUCAAGACAACAAGUUCGUGAAAAAAUGGAUGAAAUAAAACGUUAUAUGAAAUUUCGUUCAGUUAAUCGAAAACUUGAACAAAAAGUUAUUAAAUGGCUUGAUUAUUUAUAUACAAAUCGACAAGUAUUAAAUGAAGAAAUGGUUUUAAAUUCUGAUUUAAGUGUCGAAUUAUGUAAAGAUCUUGCUGUUAAAGUACAUUUAGAAUCAUUACAACGAGUUACAUUAUUUCAUGAUUGUGAACCUAAUUUACUUAUUGAACUUGUUACAAAAUUAAAACCAACUUUUUUUGGUCCAGGAGAUUAUGUUUGUCGAAAAGGUGAUAUUGGAAAAGAAAUGUAUAUUAUUAAGCGUGGUCAAUUAGGUGUCGUAAGUGAUGAUGGAAAAACAACAUUUGUUGUACUUAAAGAAGGUUCAGUUUUUGGUGAAAUAUCUAUUUUAAAUAUUCCUGGUUCAAAAAAUGGAAAUCGUCGUACAGCAAAUGUUAAAUCUUUAGGUUAUUCGGAUUUAUAUACAUUAACAAAAGAAGAUUUAUGGCUUGUACUUGAUAAUUAUCCUGAAUCUUUAUCAAAAAUAAUUGAAAAAGGUAAAUCAAUAUUACGUAAAGAUAAUCUUCUUGAUGACACAUUAACUGAUACAAAACGAUAUGUUGAACAAGAACAGUUAUUAAGUAUGCAAAAUCGUAUUAAAAAAUUAUUUGAAAUAGAAAAAUCAUUAAAUAAUCGUUUAACAACAUUUUUUGAUACAUAUGUUGAAUCAGUACGACAAGUUAAACAACAAUUAUCAAAAUUAGAACAUCAAUUUGGAGCAAGAAAACAAAGUAUAACUGUAUCAAUGAAUGUACCAAUGUCAGCACCAGUAGUUCCAUUUUUUUUAAAUCAAUGGAAAUCUAAUACUGCAGCUAAUUUACUUAAAUUUAAAAGUGUACAAUCUAUGGAACUUGAUGAUUAA